AUGAAAGACCAUAGAGGAGCAAUAAAGCUUAUAAAAUUUGCAAUUUUUGUAGCGAUUGUUGUGCACGUGAUGGGGUGUCUUUGAUACUUAAUAGCAAAACUUGAUAAUUUUAGCCCAAAUACUUGAGUAGCUCGGCAUGGCUAUAUAGAUUCUGAUAAAACCUCUUGUUAUAUUGCCUCGAUUUAUUUCAUUUUCACAACAUUAACAACUGUAGGCUAUGGAGAUAUCCAUGCUUAUACUAAAUCCGAAAGAGCCUUUGUAUUUGUCCUGAUGGCACUUGGGGUUGCCUAAGAAACUUAUUUUUUUCAAAAAAAUAUUUUUAAUAAUUAUUUUUAAAAUUUGGAUGGAUCCAGGGCUGCAUUUUACUCUUACACAAUUUCCAAUCUCUCCACAAUCAUGGCGAAUAUGGACAGCAAAACAUCAAAUUUACGAAACCGCUUAAAUGCUUUAAAUGAUUUUGCAAAAGCGACGAAGCUUCCAGAUGAUUUAAAGCAGAAAAUUAAAGCUCAUAUUCUUUUGAAUUAUGAAGAAAAUAUGUUCAGCUGGUUUGAUCAGGAUACUUUGAUGAAUGAAUUGCCAGCCUCGCUAAGGACUGAUGUGUCUCUGCAUAUGCAUCAUAAAAUUGUGGAAAAAAUUUACUUUUUCCAGGACAAAGACCCAGGAUUUAUAUCUUACAUAGUCCCUAAACUCCGAACUGUAAGUCUUCAGCCAGGCGAGUUUUUAUAUAAAGAGUAUGAAUUUCCAGACGAGGUUUAUUUUUUGACUAAAGGAAGAGUAAAUUUAAUAGCCUCAAAUGGCGUUGUUUUUAAAUCAUAUGUGCAAGGAUCUUAUUUUGGAGAAGUCGAAAUCAUGGAAAACACCCCUAGAGACUGUUCAGUGCAAGCCACAAAGGAUGGGGCUGAGUUUUUAGUCCUGUCUAAAAGGCAUUUCUUAAAGAUGCUUGAAGAAUUUCCAAAAAUUGCUGAAGAAAUCAAUGACACUUCUAGACUUAGAUGCAUAAAAAACUCUGAAGCCAAAGAGACAGCUCUAAAAAUAGAAACAAAAAAAGCUUUUAUUCUUGAUAGACAACAAAGCUGGAGACUUAAAAAAUCUUCAACGAGAAAUUUAGAAAAAAAUGAUAAAUCGCCUAAAAAUAGUGAUAACAAUAAAAAAAAUAAGCAAAAAACAAGGUAAAUAUUGGUAUUAUUGAAUUAUCUUGAAAACCCAGAUAUUAAUAUUUAAAAAAAAUUAAAAUUUCUAUGACCUAAAAACAAUGAAUUUCAAAAAAGAAAAAUUCAGAAAAAUGUGGCAAAAUAUAAUAGAAGAAAAAAAAGAAGAAAACAAAUCUGAAAUUGCUAGAAGAAAGAAAGAAAAUUCACUAAAAGGCUCAGAGCCACAAUCCCCAGAUAACAAGCCAAACUUGCGAACACUAAAAAGGCAUCCUACAAUGAUGCCAGGCGUAAAAAUGAAUGUUGAAAAAAUCAGAAGUGCUCGUCGGCAUUCUACAUUUGCCCCAAACAUAGACAAAUUUGAUUCAUUAGAGAGAAAUCCAAAUAGAAAUUAUGUUGCAAAGACUGAUUUUGACAUCCCAAUUAUGAAAUACGAAGAGCUUGAAGUUGAUUCCCCUUUAGCUACUGAAGAAAACGAAAAUAAAGACCCAAAGCAUAAUAAAUUGCAGCUAUUAAAGAUGCUAUAUGCCCAUUUAUCAAAACAUAAUGCCAAAUUGCAUAAUAAACUCAGAGUUUCAAAAGGGUCUUUGGCACUUCUUCAAAAUAGGCAAGGGUAUAUAAAAGAGCAGGUCACAAAAAUUUUAACAUUUUUAAAAGAAGAAAGUGAAGAAAAAAGCGAAAAGAAAACAGAAGAAAAGAAAAUUUCAAGAAAAAGAAACAGCGUAGACUCGUUUUAG